AUGGAUGGGGUUAUGAGACCCACCGCUGCAGAGGAGCACCCGCAAGGACAACUUUUAGGAGAGCCCAGAGCCACCUGGGCGCUGCUACAAUUCCUAGCCAACACUAGUGUAGCUUUGCCCCAGGCGCACCUAGAACGAGCGGCAGAAAGGGCCCGGAGAGAUGAAGAAUGGGGGCUGGAAGCAUUGGAGGCGGGAGGUGGCAAUUAG